GAGUAGCAGUUACAACUUCGACAAGUGAAAGCGUGAGCUUGGAGACCAGCGGAUCAGGCCCGGUUGCGGGGAGUUCAUUAGCUACAGCUACGAAUCCAGUUCAAGCAAGGAGAGCACGAAUCAUUCUCAGAGUCAACCGCCCACAGACUACCGAAAGCAAUAGUGGGCCACUUGCUGCAGCACCCACAUCCCGAACUACAAUGUCUUCUCAAAGAAGCCGCCCCGGCAGAAGCAAUGCUCGUGGCGGUUCUCACGACAUAUUCUCCCCACAAGCACUAUGGACCGAUUUCUACAGAAACACCUUUGCACCUCUGAUGGAGAACGAAUCGAGAGCGAAGCAGUUGGGGGAGAAGAUUAUUGAAAUGGAGGCUCGUAUGAAGCUGAACAAGGAAUCGGGUAAUUCAUUGAAAGACAUAGAUGACUUAAGUGCACUGUAUCGUGAGCAAGUCAAACUUAGUGAGGAGCAACGAUCCAAGUUGGACGAAGGCAUGAGAUCUCAGCUCACACUUAUGGCUGAUUUGACGAGGACGGAACAAGCUGCUGCAAAAGAGUCUGCUCGUGCUUCCAGUUCCCGCACCUCUGGCAUGGAUUUUGAUGGGCCAUCUGACUCACCUAUGCCGUCGCCGGCUGAUAAUCGACAAAUCAAGAAGCUUGGUACCUCGAGAACAGGCAGCCAACCUCCAAGUAGGCCUGAGGGGACGCCAUCAGAAGCGAGCGAGAGAACCAGCAAACCCAAGAUAGUUUAUGCUCAGAAUGAAGAAGUUGCCUUCAAGAGGAAGACUCCAGGCAAGCCUGAAGAACAAGAUUGGAUUCUAGGCAAGGUUGUCAGAGUGAUUGGAGAGGGCAAAAGCAGACGAUACGAUGUCGAAGACCCGUUUCCAGAUACGAAUGCUAGCUCUGGUCCGGUGAUUUACAAGUCAUCUGCUUCUCAAAUGGUCCCUAUCCCUCCUGAAGGCGCACCAUUGGAAGACUAUGAGAUUGGCAAGCGGGUUCUGGCGCUGUAUCCUGAUACCACAACCUUCUACCGUGCCGAGGUCAAGGCCAUGCUAGAUGGAGGUGCCAAUGUCCAGCUAUUAUUCGAAGAUGAAGCUGCUGGCGAACUCAAGGUUGUUACACGACGUUUGGUAUUGGAUCAUAAAGGUUAGGAUCGAGAUGGUUGGCGGCGAAUUAGCACUCUGCAUUACGGUGUGGCGUCUCAAGCAUGGUCGACCCUGACCGUAGGGGUUGGGCGAAAUCUGGAUGUAUAUUAUGUGUACUGUAUUUGAUACCCGGGCCGGGCUGCAGUCAUCUAAAGUUGGUAGCAAAUCUGAAAUAACUUGAGCACU